AUGAGACCUAAAUUAAUUUGGAUCUUUGUUUUAUUUAACUUGAUUUGUAAUGUUUACGGCAAAGACAUUGUUACCAUUAAUUUUAUAAUAAACUUUAUUAAAGAUGAACAAAAACCAACAAAUGUUGUGUACAGAAACUUAUGUUGGAAGAAGAGUGAAAUUUUAAAGAUGACAAAAGAAUUGACUAAUGUACUAAAUACAAGAACAUCAUCAGACUAUAAUGAAGAUAACUGCAAUCUGCAAGACCACACCAUAUUAUUUCUUGCAGAUUUAGACUGCAUGCAUCAACGUGUUUUUAACAAUACAAGGCUUCUAAGGUUCCCGUAUCGUUGGUUAGUUAUCUACAGUCAGCAAGAAAAACAAAAUCGGGCUAAAGUUCAGCAGCUUUUACAUCUUCCUUUACUGGCUGACAGCGAUUUUGUGUUAGCAGAACGUAAUGAAGACAAUUUCAUUCUAACAGAACUACAUAAGCCGUCGACAUUUGGACCAACAUACUCUAACCCAAGAGGUCAAUAUAACGGGAAAGAUUCAAAGCUUAUAGAUACACGACCUCAUAAAGAACUGUUCAGACGUCGUAGUGAUCUGAUGGGCCAUCCUCUGACAAUGUCCAAUGUUAUACAGGACAGUAACACCACGCAGUACCAUCUACCUAGAGAAGACAGACUAGAACUCCAAUACGACUAUAUCGCCAAAUUAUCUUGGAUGCACGUUCGCAUCGCGUUUCAAAUGCUGAACGCAACACCACAAUACGUGUUCAGUCAUAGAUGGGGCUACAAAAGAAAUGGUCAAUGGUCCGGCAUGAUAAACGAUCUCAAUACAGGGAGAGCUGAUUUAGGUACGAAUUGCGUGGCAGUGUCUGAUCGUCUAAGCGUUGCUGUCUUCACCGACUCCAUUGCCAAGUUUAAAGUGAAAUUCAUCUUUCGCCAACCGCCUCUAGCCUACAUCUCUAAUAUUUUCACUCUACCCUUUUCUAUUAACGUUUGGAUUGCGAUCAUCUUCUCUAUUAUCAUUUCCAGUAUCACUAUUUGUAUUGCUACAAAGUUUGAGGUCUUUCGAAUUGGAACGGAUCAAUCUCAACUUGACGGAAGCCUUGGAGAUGCGAUGCUUUUGUCAAUAAGCGCUCUUAGCCAACAAGGAUGCUCUAAAGAACCUAAAAAUAUAUCAGGGCGUAUAAUGCUUCUAGUGAUGUUCACUGCUCUAAUGGCUCUUUACGCAGCGUAUUCUGCAAACAUAGUCGUAUUAUUGCAAGCGCCUUCCAGAGCUAUAAAGACUCUAGAACAACUGGCACAUUCUCAAAUGACACUGGCAGCGCUGGACGUGGAUUACAAUCACUUUGUUCUGAAGAAUCAAAAGGAUCCAGUAAGAAGUCUGAUUCACAAAAAGGUAGAACCUUUAAAAGGAAAAGCACAGUUUUACAAACUGGAUGAGGGCGUCGAACUUUUACGACAAGGUCACUUUGCUCUACAUGCGGUUGUAGAAGCAGUUUACUACCGCAUUGAGGAGACUUUCUUGGAGACGGAGAAAUGUGACCUCAUGGAGGUGGACUUCAUGAAUGCACCCGAUCCUUUCGUGCCGGUGUAUAAACACUCACCUUACUUGGAAUUGUUGAGGGUUGCAUUUAAACGCAUCCACGAAUCCGGCAUCCAAAUGGCGCAGCACAAGCGUAUCCUGGUGCCAAAGCCUAGCUGCGCGCACCGGCCGGCGGCCUUCAGCAGCGUGGGCCUUUUGAACCUACGCCCAGUGCUUCUGUUCAUGAUAUACGGCAUCGGAGUAGCAGUGUUCAUACUUCUGGCCGAGAUUUUGAUACACAAAAUGUGAAUGUUCCUACUAAACGUUAACUUGGACGAAGAUAUUUAUUUUACGGUUCCGUAGACAACGAGGAUAGCUUAUAGUUUCGCC